AGUUGCCAAUUUGGACCAUUAAGCAAAAGCAAAUACAGCACUCUUUAAAAUCUACCAAUAAUCCCAGAGACCCAGAAAUCAACUAUCUACUUGAGUCCCAGUAAUCCCACACACCAAUUCUUCUACUACGUAUAAACAACUCAAUACAUUUAGAAAAUAAUUUGGGCUUGAACCUCAAAUUUCACAUCCAUAAAAAAUGGUGAAAGCUUCAGACAUGGUACUUACAGCAUCAACAAUUGCUGCUCUUUCAACCCUUUUAGUUCUUUUUCUUCCUCGUUUUCUCUCUCCUCCAUCUCUUUCUCUCUCUACCCCUUCUCAUGACGUUCUUCAUCGGGCCCAGCCCAUCAAAGUCCCAGGUGCUUUUGGGCCCGAGAGCCUGGCCUUUGACCCAUCUGGUGCGGGUCCUUACACUAGUGUUGCUGAUGGUCGGAUCCUUAAGUGGGACCCCAAUUCUAGUUCUUGGGUCGAUUUUGCUUUCACCUCUUCUUCCAGAAAGGACUGCAACCAGCCAUUUGCACCAGAACUGGAGCAUGUAUGUGGAAGGCCAUUAGGUCUGAGGUUUGAGCAGAAAACUGGAGAUCUUUAUAUUGCUGAUGCAUACUUUGGCCUUCUAAGAGUUGGGCCUGAAGGUGGGUUGGCCUUGAAGGUGGUAACUGAGGCUGAAGGCAUUCCCUUGCAUUUCACCAAUGACAUGGACAUUGAUGGAGAAGAUGAUAUCAUCUACUUCACUGAUUCGAGCACAAAGUUCCGCAGAAGGCACUUCAUACCAUCAAUUCUAAGUGGAGACAAGACAGGCAGAUUCAUCAAGUACAACAUAGCAUCCAAAGAAGUAACUGUCCUACUACGUGACAUCGCCUUUGCAAAUGGAGUUUCUUUGAGCAAAGACCGUUCAUUUGUGCUAAUAGCAGAAACUGGCACCUGCAAAAUCUUAAGGUACUGGCUUCAGGGUCCAAAAGCAGGACAAGUUGAAACUUACACAGAUUUGCCUGGAUAUCCUGACAAUAUAAGAAGAAACUCGAAGGGUGAGUUUUGGGUUGGUUUACACGCCAAGAAAACUCCUUUGGCUGAUUGGCUUCUUAGAAACACUUGGGUUGGAAAUACAUUGCUUAAGAUCCCGCUUAGCUUUGUACAACAACUGCAUGCUUUGUUCGUGGGAGGGCACCAUGGUAUUGUGGUGAAGCUGAUUGAAGAAGGACAGGUUGUCGAGGUUUUGGAAGAUACUCAAGGGAAGCAAGUGAGGUAUGCUAGUGAAGUUGAGGAGAGAGAUGGAAAGUUAUGGAUAGGUUCUCCUAUUACACCUUCUGCUUGGGUUUACGAUUUGGAUUAAUGAACUAACCGAAGUACUGUUUCUGUGCAUAUGAUGUAGAGAUUAGGAGACAGUACCAGUUAUAAUAAAGAGUGCCAGGAUCAUCACUUGUGUAUCCUUAUUCUUCAAAAUUGUACUUCUGUCGGAUUAAGUGAUCAUAUUAUUAGUUCAAAUUAAUGCAGAGUUAUAACUAGGGUCAGCUGAUCAAGAAGUAUAAGAUGUUACUGUUCUAUAAAGAAGAUGCCUAAAUCGAAGGAAACAGCAGACAUGGACAUUCAGGUCUGGUAAUCAAUUGAAGUAACCAGUGAGUGAAAAUUGAUCAGCUAUAUUGCUCGGACUAUAUAUAGUUCCCCUACCUUGGGGAUGGCAAUUCAAACCGAGUUCGAUUCGAA